UAUAAUCAAUAACGUAGGCUGUCAGUCACAUUUUUCCAACUCAUUUCCUCGUUUUGGCAAACCAAUUAACAUGAGGAAAGAUUGCCGUAGACAUUCUCCACCAACACUCCAUCCUCCUCAUCUUCUUCAUCUUCAUCUUCUUCUUGUUUUGUUUCUGUGUUUUUCAAAUUUGAUUAACAAAGCUGAAGGUGGGAAAGAGCACAGAGCAUCUAACAAAACUACUAUUUCAUCACUUCUUGUGUUCGGAGACUCCACAGUUGAUCCAGGAAACAAUAACUUCAUUGGCACAAUUUUCAGAAGUGAUUUCCCGCCUUAUGGGAAAGAUUUCAAAGACCAAAUCCCUACAGGAAGAUUCUCUAAUGGCCGCCUUGGCACUGAUUUUCUUGCUUCAUUUGUAGGUAUUAAGGAGUAUAUUCCUCCAUAUUUGGAUCCAACUCUUAGCACUGAAGACCUGUUGAGUGGCGUUAGUUUUGCCUCCGCCGGCUCUGGAUUUGACCCUCUUACACCAACAAUUAGUAAUGUGCUUGACAUACCCAGUCAGCUGGAGUACUUUAAAGAGUAUAAAAGAAGAGUGGAGUCAGCAAUUGGGAAGGGAAGAAUGGAAAAUCAUAUAAACAACGCACUUUUCCUCAUAAGUGCCGGCACAAAUGAUUUUGUCAUCAAUUAUUUCACUCUACCAAUUCGUCCAAAAACCUUCACCAUCUCAGCUUACCAGCAGUUUGUCAUGCAAAAUCUUAAAGACCUUAUCCAGGGUUUACGGGACGAAGGAGCUCAAAGGAUGGUAGUAAUUGGAUUACCUCCGAUGGGGUGUUUGCCAAUAGUGAUUACGUUGAAUGCAGUCGAGACACACAACAAACAACGCAAAUGUAUAGAGAAAUAUUCAUCAGUUGCAAGAGAUUUCAAUGCCAUGCUCCAAACUGAGUUGAAUUCCAUGCAAAUGAAGUUAGCUCAUCUUGGCUUCAAAAUCUACUAUGUUGAUGCUUAUAAUGCUCUGACUAACAUCAUUCAAUCCCACUCUCAAUUAGGAUUUGAUGAGGUUAGCGACGGGUGCUGCGGAACAGGUUACUUGGAAGCAAGUUUUCUGUGUAACCCAAAAUCAUACUUGUGUCCUGAUACAUCCAGAUAUGUCUUCUUUGAUUCUAUACACCCAACUGAGAAGGCGUACUACAACGUCUUCAAGGCAGGCAUUCCUACCUACACCAAAAUCAUUCAAGAGUUUAAUUAAUAUAUAAUAAGAAUUCACUUUGUUAUCCAUGGAUUCAUUCAUUAUAUACAUAUAUGAAUUGU